CCGGGGCCCGCCACGAUGCCCCGGCGGAAGCAGAGCCACCCGCAGCCGGUGAAGGGUGAGUGCGCGGCGGGCCCGGGGGGCGGCGGCGGCCCGGCGGGGACCCGCGGCGCUCGGAGCGCCGCAGCGGACGCCGAGGAUGGCACCGAGGAGACGGCGAGAGCGGCGGUGGUGCUGCCCGGGGACCUGCUGCUGGGCCGCGGCCCGGCCUCCGAGAAGGGACCGCCAGCAGACACACUGGUGGGGAAGAUCGCCAUCCCAGCCUACGCCCUGAGCGACGACGACUGCUCCUCCGGGUACCAGCAGCUGAGCGUGGAGAGCGACCCCGAGGAGGGCGGCGAGCCCGGCCCCGCCGCGCUGCCCUGCCGCCAGUGCGGGCUGCAGCUGGCUGCCAGCCUGGGCCAGAGCUGCCUGCAGUGCGCCGGCGCCGAGGGCGGCCGCAGCCAGCGCAUCGUCUACUCCUGCCAGCUCUGCCCCUUCGCCUCCCACUACUCCAGCCACCUCAAGCGCCACAUGAAGACACACAACGGGGAGAAGCCCUUCGCCUGCCCGCAGUGCGCCUACGCCUCCGCCCAGCUGGUGAACCUGACGCGGCACCUGCGCACGCACACCGGCGAGAAGCCGUACCGCUGCACGUGCUGCAGCUUCGCCUGCAGCAGCCUGGGCAACCUCAAACGCCACGAGCGGGUCCACAGCCAGGACAAGCCCUUCCAGUGCGCCGCCUGCGACUACCGCUGCAACCAGAGCCGCAACCUGAAGCGCCACAUGCUCAGCCACCGCCUGCCCGAGAGCGAGGGGCCGCACCGGGGCGACAAGGACCCAGAGCCGCUGCUGCCAGAGCUGAGCCUGCACGUGGGCAGCGGCAGCGGCCCCUUCCUGCCCGGCUGCGCGCGGCUGCGGGGCGAGGAGGCGGCGGCGCUGCCCGAGCUGCUCUUCCCCUUCACCUGCCGCAUGUGCGGGCUGGUGCUGGACGACGGCUUCGCGCAGGACGAGGGCCUGGCCGAGCAGGUGUGCGGGCGCUGCAGCCUGGCGGUGCUGGGCACCGAGCCCGGGGCCAGCCCCCGGAAGGGCGCCGGGGACAAGGGCUUUGCGUGCAGCCUCUGCCCCUUCGUCACCCACUACCCCAACCACUUGGCGCGGCACAUGAAGACGCACAGCGGGGAGAAGCCCUUCGCCUGCCCGCUCUGCCCCUACGCCUCCGCCCACCUGGACAACCUGAAGCGGCACCAGCGCGUGCACACCGGCGAGAAGCCCUACAAGUGCCAGCUCUGCGACUACGCCUGCGGCAACCUGGCCAACCUCAAGCGCCACGGGCGCAUCCACUCAGGCGACAAGCCCUUCCAGUGCAGCCUCUGCAGCUACAGCUGCAACCAGAGCAUGAACCUGAAGCGGCACAUGCUGCGGCACACGGGCGAGAAGCCCUUCCAGUGCCGGGACUGCUCCUACACCACCGGCCACUGGGACAACUACAAGCGCCACCAGAAGAUCCACGGCCACACGGCCGAGAGCUGGGUGAACCCACGCAAUGCCAAAGCCCUCCUGGCCCCCCCAGCCGUGGGCACGGCUCUGCCCUGAGACAGCACUUAGCCCGGCAGUGGGCCUGGGGUGCCUCGGUGCCCGCCCUCCCUGGGGGAGGGAGGACAGGCGGGCAACUCCACUGGGGCUUAGGGCUGCCUUACCCCAGGCCCACGGGCACACUGGGGCCUCCAGCA